AUGUUUUUGAAAAGAAAUACCUGUUUGCUGGUGGUUCUGUUCUGCUCUCUGACCUUGUGGUGCAAGUCAACCAGCGCGGGCUCCAGCUUCCUCAGCCCUUCACAAAAACCUCAGAGCAGAGGCAAGUCUUCCAGGGUCGGCCGCCAAACCAUGGAGGAGCCCAGUCAGCCCACUGAGGACAACCACAUCACAAUAAGUGCGCCCUUUGAAAUUGGCGUCACUGUGAGAGAAGAGGACUUUGAGGAGUACGGUGUAGCGCUGCAGGAGAUCAUUCAGCAUCUGCUGGGGAACAGGGACACAGCAGAGACAACAUGA